AUGUUGCCAACAUCCCAACGAUCAUCCGGUGACUUAUCGCCAUCAUCCACUGUCAUCAUGUCAGACGCUAAUAGCGGCGACUUUAACAAGGAGAAAAAACAAGAGACACAAUAUCAACACCACGAAGACAGUGAAGGCAGCGAUGAAAACAACGACGAUGGUGGCUAUGGAUGGAUUGUGGUGCUGGGCGCCUUUUUAAGCAUGUUUACCGUCUUUGGUGCCAUGAACAGCUGGUAA